AAGAAAACAAAUGCAUUUGCAAAAUUCCUAGUAUAUAUGUUGUUGAAGUGGGCACACGUUUGCAAAAUUCUAAGAACUAUAUCCCUACAUAUAUAAUAAGGAGUCAUAGACUCUACAGAGAACAGACAAAACUUUGAGGCAGUCCUAGUUUUGUUGACCUUAUCAUAUGUGGUAUUAUCAACACUAAGGUAUUUUGUUGUUGUUUUUAAAGAGGGAAAAUUAUAAAUAGCUCUUUCUGCUUCUAUAACAAUAAGUAAAUUAGAAAAAUUUCUGUAUAAAACCAAUUUUAAAAUUACUACUUGGGGAAAGCAAUUUUAUUGGCUACAUCUUCACCUUUCUUAGAUGUUUUUGCAUUUAACAAAAUUAAUUUAAAAAUAGUUUUGAGGCCUUACAUUAGCUGAUGAAUUUGGGAAUAAUAUCCUUCCAUAGCCACCAGCAUGAAUAUAAAUACAAUUAUUUUUGCUUUUUGAUAUCAAUUUCAGGCUUUUCAAUACCCCUAAAUAGAAGCAUUAAAACAAGUAUAUGUGGUCUCAGCUUAUAAAGUGAAGUGGCUGACUUUCAACAGAAACAUGUUUUGGAGUAACAUAUGUUUCCAUUUGAUACUGAAUUGAAAAUAACAACCUAAAGGCUAGCACUUAAUUUAGGUUUAUUUUUCUUUUUCAGUAAUGGGGAACAUGAAGCUUCCAAUUCUGAUGUUUACUGUGCAUCUGUUAUGGUGGAAAAGCUGUCAGUGUGCACCUACUUGGAAAGAUACAACUGAGCUGGAUGAAAAUCUAAAGGGCUUGUCUGUGGCUGGAGAACAAUAUGUAGAUGAAGAGGUGAAGAAAGCUUUGAUUGGAAUUAAGCAGAUGAAAAUCAUGAUGGAAAGAAAUGAAGUAAAACACAAAGAGCUAAUGAAAACCUUGAAGAAAAGCAGUAAAGAAAAACAGGAGGCCCUUCAACUUAUGAAUGAAGUCAAAGAAAGACUGGAAGAAGAGGAAAGACAAUGCCAGGUGUCUUUGACAGGUUCAUGGGAUGAGUGCAAGUCUUGUCUGGAAAAUAGCUGCAUGAGAUUUUAUACAACCUGCCAACUAAGUUGGUCUUCUGUGAUAAAUAAGAUUGAAAGCUUUUUCAAGAAAAUGCCUCAAUCAAUUUUUCCUUUUUAUGAGGAUGAAGGCAAAGCACUCCCUAUCACUGGAAAGGCAAAUGAGGAAGAUGCUCUGUUAAACCAAAUGGAGGGCACAUUUAGCCAACUGGCCGUGGAUGUGAACACACUAUUCAACAGAAGCACCGAUGUCUUCAAACAGAUACACCAAGAAUUUGACCAGGGUUUCCAAACAUAUUUCAUCUCAGAUAUAGACUCAACAGAACCCUACUUCCUGCCGGCUUUCUCAGAGACAAUUCCCCCAAAUAUUAAUCUUCUGAAUAGCUGGGAGAUACCCAAUUUCUUUCAAUUGCUUUUUGAUUUCAGCAAAUCAGCUUUGGCAGGUAUUGGUGAAAUGAUUACUGAAAUGCUAAAAGGAAUGAAGGAUUUGCCUGAACAAGUAAAAGAGCCCAACAAAGGAGGCAUGUUUUCAGAGAUUUUUCCUGGACGUACUAGAGUACCAUGUAAAGAGCUUAGUCAGAAUUUGUCUAGAUGUUUUGAUUUUCGCAAAAGAUGCCAAAAAUGUCAAGAAAACCUCUUGCAAGACUGCCCUGAUGUCCCUGAGCUGCACAUGAAGUUUGAUGAAGCCUUUAAACUGGUUAACAUUUCUGAGCAGCAAUAUGCUCAGAUUUUCCAGAUGACCCAGCAUCACAUGGAAGACAUGAUAUUGAUGAUGGGGAAAAUGAGGGAAAAGUUUGCAUGGGUAACUGAACUCUCUCACUGGACCAUAGGACCAAAAAAUAUCUUCAAUAUUAUAAAGGUAGAUCCAAGAACAGAUGAAGGAAAGUCUACUAAUUCAAAUGACACUCUGCUAGAAGUGACUAUCCUAACUUCACCAACUUUCACCAUCAAAGUCCCCCAGGAUGACAACAUAGAUAACUCCAAUUUCAUUGAAUAUGUGGUUGGGAAAGCUUUACAAUAUUACAAGCAACAUUCUGAGUCUGGUACCGAGUGUGAGCAGGGGGGAGCCUCGGGAGAGCAGAGGGGGAGGGCUGCCAGGCCGCUCUCGCGGACGUCCCAUCCCCCCCGAGGGCCGGACUCCGGGUCUCUGAGGCGGAAAUUCCGUUUUAGUUUGCAGCAGCAGGAAGAGGAAUUGCCUAAAUCGAGAAAAAGGCGCCAAACAGAGGGCUGA